CUGUGGAGAACAUCAGACCGCAAAAAUGAAAGUAAAAUGGACAAAGUUAGGAAUGGUCUUCUUUCUGCUUCUGUCCCUUGUCAUGACGGGCUGUUUCAUUUGGCAGUACAGACUCCCCAAAGCAAAACCAGUGGGUGAAACAGUUUCAGAAGAAGUGAAAGAAGUGAAGAUGUGUCCACGGUUUCCUGAGCCUGUGCAAUUGGAGCACCCAAUACCUGUCCUCAUGGAAGCUUUGGAAAAGGUGGAUGUACUUUUGAGGACCAGCAUCGAUGCCACCAGACUGCCAGCCAUAUCUGCCAUUUUGAUAUUUAAUGAUUCUGUGUUGUGGAAUGGUAACUUUGGCAGAAGGAAUGGAAGUGACCCAACAUCCCCUCUACCAAGCGAGUACACAGUUUACAGAAUUGCAAGCGUUUCUAAAAUAUUUCCCACCCUGAUGCUGUAUAAACUUUGGGAGGACAAAAAAGUAGAUUCCCUGGAUGACCCUCUGGAAAAGUAUAUGAAGAAUUUUACCAUAAAAAACCCUUCAGGGAAAGAUGCGCAAAUCCAAGCGUCCUCGGUCACUCUGAGAAGGAUGGCCAGUCAACUGUCAGGUUUACCGCGGCGUCUCAGGUCAACAACGUUACUGUGGAAAGGCACCACUCAGACGGCUGUAGACUUAUUACAAGAUGAUGUUCUGGUGGCUGACCCUGGUACAAAAUGCCACUACAGCAACUUGGCCUUCUCCCUGCUGGCCCACGUGAUGGCAGAGAAGGUGGCAGGAACAGAUUAUCAGAGCUGGGUGUCUGAAAAUAUCCUGCAACCGCUGGGAAUGGAGGACACCGGCUUUGAAAUCACCCCUGAGAUAGAGAGCCAGAUGGCAAUAGGUGUGUACUCGAGUGGGCUGCCUGCGCCUCUCUAUGACCUUGGCUGGUACAGACCGUCGGGGCAGAUGUAUUCCACACCUGCUGACAUGGCCAAACUUGUGAUGAUGCUGUUGGGUGCCUACUAUGGGCAGGUUCUACAGUCUGACACCCUCAAGACCAUACUGAUGCCUUUAUUUCGCUGUGACCGCAGUUACUUUGCGAAUCAAACGGGAACACCUUGGGAGGUGAAUGAACGGUUGGGGUAUGACAUCAUCCGCAAAGACGGGGAUCUGGAUGGUUAUUCAGCCACCAUCUCCCUUGUUCCACAUAUGAAACUAGGUUUGGUCAUCCUUAUGGCUGGGAUCAAACCUGAUGAGGACCUUGUAGACAAGGCCUACAGUUAUCUACUCCCUGCCAUGGAAAGUGCCUUCAGAGAUGCACGUCGUGUUCUCACCCCGCCUCCGGACCCUGUACCCUAUUUAGGCUAUUUUACCUACAGCAACAUAACAUUUUAUGAGAUCAAGGCAGACAUGAAUGGCGUGCUGUCUAUGGAGCAGUUCGGACCACAGGUGGACUCCAUGGUUCCAGUGAAGUACAGAACUUUGAAGCUCAGUUAUUUGGAGGAUAGGGUGUUUAGGGUUGUGUUUGAGAAAGAAUACCCCUGUGAGCUGAAAGUGAAUGCUGCCUCUGUGUCUCUCGCAGCUCAGGACGGGCAGCUCUUUAACUUUUACAUCUUCAACAAAAAUGGUCUCUCACCAGGUUUUGAUGUUCCAGGGUUAAACACUUAUAAAGUUGCAAGGAUACCUCGCAAACCCAUUUUUACUGGUUGAAAACAUUAAAUCAUUAUGUUUGGGGAGUCACCUGAUUUGACUUAAAGGAACAGUUCACCCAAAAAUGAAAAUUCUGCCAUCAUUUACUCACCCUCAAGUUGUUCCAAACCUGUAUACAUUUCGUUGUUAUGUAAAACACAGAAGAAGAUAUUUUAAAGAAUGUAGGAAAGAAAACAGUUUUGGGGCACCAUUGACUAUAGUACACACUUUUUUUGUGUGUUCAGCGUAACAUCGAAAUUUGUAUAGGCUUGGAGUAACGUGAGAAAACUAUGAUUCAUUUUGGGGUGAACGGUCCCUUUAAAGAGAAAAGGAGCUCUCUUAAAAGUGUCAAAUUCAGAGGAACUUCUACACUUAAAACUAGUAGACCCUUUUAAUAAACAUUUACCUCAAGAUAAGACGUAGAUUACCUUUGUCUUAUUUAUGCUGACUAUCUUAGUGUAUGAAUCUCUUUCUGUUCAGUCAGAGGAAUACAGUACACAAUUAACAAAGGACAUGACUUUAUUCAUUAAUGAUUAUUUCUUUCAUAGAGAAACGUAACACAGCAUGUCUUACUUAAAUGUAAAGAAUGUGCCUUUAUUUUGGAGUUUAGCUUGCUAUAUUAAGUAGUUACAUUUAUCUUAUAUAGGCUAUAAUAAUAAUAAUAAUAUAUUGUAACUAAAUCCAAACCAGUGUCUUUUGUCUUCAGUGUUUCUUUUCUUAUCAUUAUGUACACACACACGCACGCUUUAAAUGAUAAAGUGCAUAAACGUGGCACUGAGUUACAGGUAGGCUACACAUUACACAUUAUUGGCAUUUAGGAAAAAAAACAUUAUUUUAAUUUUGCGAUUACCACACUAUAAGAACAUGCUUGACCUAACUCUAAAAAUACGUUUAUUGAUUCAUCCUGCAGCCAGGUUUCAGUGCCAUUACAUUACAUUACUGACUUUUAAUAAAGACAGUUAAUUUAUAUGUUAGCACAUGAAGCGAUUUUUUAGGUUACUUGAAAAACACCUCUAACACAUGCAGAACAAUAUGACGGGUAUCAUGUACACAUCUAAACUACAAUACAAAUCAUCCCAAUCAAAAUAUAUGACAGUAAGUGGUGUGGAUUGUAUCGUUUGUGCUGUCCAGAACAAUCAAAUGUUUCCUCAACACUGAAUAAUCUUGCAAUUUAGACUAGAGGCAGAAGUGAAAUCAAAGUAUUCAAUGCAUGCAGUAUGGUCUCUUUCAGCGUGCUUGUCAAUAAUAAUCUCAACGUUCCUUUCGAUUAUUUCGUCUUUCUAUUAUUCGGCGCUAAACAAAACCCGUUCAGAUGGGAAAUCGCUUAUUAAUACUUUACCAAAACUGAAGUCUAAUGAACUGCACCGCGAGUUCGUGGACGCAAGAUGUCACUGUAACAUCACGAACCGGGUUCAAACUGAUCCAAAAACGGGGAGACGUUUUGCACAGUACGAAGCGAGCGAUUGACAUUUAAAAGGCAGGUUUGGGCUGCUCAAAUGUUUUGCCAUUAAACAGUUUGUA